AUUUUUUGUAUGCUUGAAGUUUCGAAUUGUUUUCUGUUAACAAUGAGUAACUUCUUUUUUUGACGGGCAAAUAGUACUUUUUGGUGUGGACCGGAAAAGCGGUAAAUUAAGAAGUCAAAAAAAUAUAUUUUUGGCAAGAAUAAAUUAAAUAUUUAUUUCGGUUGUUGGAUUGUUACGUAAAAGGAGGACGAUGUUGGACGAGACUGUACUUUCGUGUGGAGGGGAUGCUAGCGGGAGGCUGGGCGGCCAGUCUCUCUUCAGCGUUCAGCCGGUUCCUAGUGGAAGAUGGAGGAGGAGGUGCUGCAAAUGUCCUUGCAAGGGGUGGUUUUCACCCUGCAGACGGCCAUGAUGUCAUCCCUUCAACAGGCGGCCCUGCUGCCCCCCGACUCACCGGAGGCGACCGCCCUCAGCCUCCAGGCCCUGGAGUCCUACCUCACCCUCCACCGGCUGGGCCUCGCUCAGCGCAGCGGCCACGAAGAAGACGAACCAGAAGAACCGGAAGAACCGCCCCCCAACCCAGCGCCACCGAGGCUCAAAUCCUCCAGGCCUAAGAAACAGUUCAUCUGCAAAUUCUGCAGCCGGGAAUUCACAAAAUCCUACAACCUGCUCAUACACGAAAGGACCCACACCGAUGAGCGACCCUACUCAUGUGAUAUCUGCGGAAAGGCCUUCAGAAGGCAAGACCAUCUUAGAGAUCAUAGGUAUAUACACAGCAAAGAAAAACCAUUCAAGUGCGGUGAAUGCGGCAAAGGUUUCUGCCAGUCGAGGACCCUCGCCGUCCACAAGAUACUUCACCUCGAAGAAUCGCCGCACAAGUGCCCGGUCUGCAGCAGGUCUUUCAACCAACGGUCCAACCUGAAGACGCACCUCCUCACGCACACGGACAUAAAGCCGUAUAACUGCCCGAACUGCGGCAAAGUAUUUCGGCGCAACUGUGAUCUGCGGCGGCACAGCCUGACCCACAACCUCGGCUCGGCCACGGCCACUCCGGAACCACCGCCCAUCGUCGACAAAGCAUCUUAAGUCACAUUUUUAACCGUCACUUUUUAAACCACCGAAAAUACGAAGGGAUAUUAAUACCAUCUGUUGAGAUUUUGGGUGGUGUGGAACUUGACUAAUGGCCAUGGCUAAAGAGCCAUUAACAAUGGCUCUUUCGUCCAGGGACUUAUGACAUAAGACAAACUUUUAAAAACAAGAUUUACCCCUUCUCUUAACUCUUGUUUUGACUGCUAAAAAAGACUGUUUAGAGAUCCAAAUCGCGAUUUUCUACAUCUGUUUUUAUCCCAAGAUUGUUGCUUUAAAAAUCAAGUUCCCACAAUCUCAUUUUAUAACUCAAGCAAAUGGCUGUUCGGAGUGUAUAAUUGAACCUAGUGCAAUUGUCUUCAGACCGUCUGAAAUUCUCGUGGGCAUUAUGUUUUAAUGAUGUGCCUUAUUUAUUAUUUUCUAUGUUAACGUUUUAGCAAUUAGAGAGUU